CGUCAUUUAUACCAACGCCAGCGUCUCCGGAUGGGGCGUCGCGGCCAAAGAAGUACAUUCAAGCGAGCAUUAUGCCAUGGCCUCCGGCACCUGGGACUCCAUCGCAGGCAGCCAAUCAAUCAAUUGGCGCGAGCUUCGAGCAGUACAGCAUGCAAUCGAUCAACACGCCGAGCAGUGGCAACAGCAAGUCAUCGAGAUCCGCUCCGACAAUAUGACAACAUGCGCAAUCAUCAACAAACAAGGAAGCCACAGACAUCAACAUUUACAUCAACUUGCUUCCAAGAUUUUCCACCACUGUCACCGCUACAAACAUUGCACAAUUGAGGAACCAGGUGUACCACUUUCCGAUUUGCUUGUGGAUAUUGAGCCUCUGCCUACAACUACAAACAAUGAUGAUGACUUGGAUGAGGAUGACGACGAUUUGGAUGGCACAUUGUACCAGCAAGAAAGUGACAUUACUGAUGACGAUGGUGAUGAACCUGUCUAA